AAAGCCGACAUCCUGGAGAUGACUGUCAAGCACCUGCGGAGCCUCCAGCGAGCCCAGAUGACCGCUGCACUGAGCACAGACCCCACGGUGCUGGGAAAGUACCGUGCCGGCUUCAGUGAGUGCAUGAACGAGGUGACACGGUUCCUCUCGACCUGCGAGGGCGUCAACACUGAGGUGCGCACCCGGCUCCUGGGCCACCUGGCCAGCUGCAUGACCCAGAUCAACGCCAUGAACUCCCCUGCCCCCCCACCACCACCUCCGCUGCCACCAGCUGCGGCCUUUGGGCCACCUUUGGUGCCGCCAGGCAGUGGCACGGGGCCACUCCCGGGCAUGCCCUGCAAGCCAGGCACUGACGCAGCCAAGGUGUACGGUGGCUUCCAGCUGCUGCCGGCCUCAGAUGGGCAAUUUGCCUUCCUCAUCCCCAGCACCGCCUUUGCUCCUGGCGGUGGUGUGCCGCCCUUUUCCGCCACUGCCGCCACACCGCCUGGCCCACCACCUGGCACAGCCGACUCUGUCUGGAGACCCUGGUGA